CUCCAACACGGCCACCCAGUAAUACCACUGCCACCCUCUCCACGAGCACACCCCAGUCCUCACACAUUUCCGACCCCAUUCCUUUUUGCAAUUCAUUCUUCAGAUCAUUCUGCUGUUGUCCUUCCCUAACUCCUUCUCGAUCACGAUAACGACCACGCCCGUCUUGCCGCUCUUAUACUUUGAAACAAUAUCUAUUAUCAAGCAGCCUGCGCGUUGUAACGGACGCCCCUUCCAGCCCUGGUCUCCGACCUGCAGCCUGCCGCGUCGUUCCCCCUCGCCGUCCAUCACGCACCUUUGAAUUUCGGGAGGAACCCCCACCAGACAAUCCAACUUUGUCCCUCCACAUUGGCUUCGAUUGUCUCCUGACGACUCUCAAGUCUCAAGAUCUCGCUUGGUUUUGAACUCGAGGGUCGUCUGAUAAUCCUCCGCAAGCAGUCCAUCAUGGCAUCUUCCAAAGAGCAACCUGCUUCCCGUCCAGUCUCUGGCAGUUUUUCCAGACAUGCUCCCAAUUCUACGAGGCAGCACUCUCACUCCAUUUCCCUGUCGGCCACCAAUCCCUCCCAUCGAGUCAACCGCCGGAAAAGCGUCAACUCGGCCGCCUCCUCCACUGCACAGGCUGCCAUCGUGGCAGCGUUGAAAGAGCAAGGGAACGCGUCCGCAGGGCCUCUUCACGCCCACCGGCGAAGCGUCGGCUCCAAGAGGAACACAGAGUCUCACUCCUUCAGUGCCCGGCCCAGCAUGCACUCUUUCUUCAACGGCUCCUCCCACUCUCCCUCGGCACAGGACAACGAGGCACUGGAAGACAAUUCCUUUGAUGAGGACGAAAAACCCUCUACCAAGGGAGAGAAUAAGAACCGUAAUCGGCGGGCAAGCGAAGGCUCAUACCUGAUCAAAGGAGAAGGCAAGAAGUCGUCGUCCGACCUUAAGUGCGAUACCUGUGGCAAAGGCUACAAGCACAGCAGCUGCUUGACAAAACAUUUAUGGGAACAUGAUCCUGCGUGGGCUAUUACCUCCAAACUCCUCAUCUCCAAGCACCAGCAGGUUCAACUUCUCGAGGCGGCCUCUGUUCUAUGCACCAUGAACAAUGAGAGUUCAGUGUCAGGCCACUCGGAAAAUGAGUCAUCCCAGAUCGAUCCAAGCGAGGGAUCAUCAGGGUCGCCAGCAUUCUCAUCAUCCGAAAUGCAAGACGAAGUCAGCUCCGUCGAGACCACACCUCCACCCAUGAGCGAAGGGGCGUAUCCGGUGCCCACCUCGAAGCGUUUCAGCACAAGCAGUAACAGCUUUUCGCGGUCCUACCGUUCCGUCCAGUCCAGCUCAUAUGGCGAAAGUGUUAUCUCUCCUGGUCUACCACCCCAUCGGUUCUCUGGCGUCGACUUCCGACCAAGUACGUCUGGCACGGAUGACGGCACUCUGGCCGCCGCCACCGCCGGACUCACCUUCAACAGUGGCACUCCUCGUACCAAGCCAGCUUACCUCAGUCCCGACGUUCCCCCUGUACCACCACUGCCACAACAGUAUCAAUCCUUCAACAGCAAGUCCUCGGACAGUACAUUGACCAACGUAUAUAAUCCCAUGUUACAGUUGCAACCUCCUACCCUCACGCAGAAUCUGUCGGACGAGCGGAACUACCGCGAACUGUCGGGCGAGAAGGAUAUGCCCAUGGACGACGAAGAAAUGUUCCGCAUGGAGGAAUAGGAGACAGAGCUAUUUACCACCAUUCAUUUACGACAUCAGUUUUAGUCACUCGUUCGCACGACUCAUUCUCACCCAUUUCAGGUUUGGUCUCGAGAUUGGUUCCGUUUGAUAUUGUAUGUAUUUCCUUUGGUCUGAACUGAGAAAACGGAUAAAAUCCCGGUUCAUGCUCCGCGGACAGAUCCUCAAAGCACCGAGGAGUUGACUCACCAGUAACGAAGUUGACGAGGUUAAAGCGAGUGGGACUGUCAGGCUCUUGCGUCGAGCGGAUCGUAUAUUCGAUAACGAAAUGGCAUUGUCGAGAGUUGGAAGCAAAUUUUUAGUUGACAUGAUUUAUUUGGGGCCCUUUUCAAAUCCAGAAUUGGCAAGUGGUCUUCUACCAUCAUACUAGGUGAUCGCCCUUUGAGAUUGCACAUUAUUGCACAUCAGAGGACCAAGGGACACCGGGCUUCUUUUUUUGGGUGUUUGCCAAGGAGGGUAUUUGGUUAGCAUCAAUCCCCAGAAGAAAUGAAUCGAGAAAUCUAGUGCCUUGGGUUUUCUAUUUUGAUGAAGAUGUCGCUG